CAGCGAGAGCAGCCAAUGAGAGCAGAGGGAGAGGCCCCGCCCUCGCCCCGCGCCGCGCCCACGCGGAAGCGCCGAGCAGCGGCAGCGAGCGCGGGCUGGAGCGCGCCCCCAUCACCCCACGGGAUGAGCGCCCCUCCGCGCCGCGUGCGGCUGCGGCCCUGGCUGGAGGCGCAGGUCAGCAGCCGGCGCUUCCCGGGCCUGCGCUGGCUCGACCCCGGGCGCCGCCGCUUCGCCAUCCCCUGGAGACACGCGACCCGCGGCCCCCCGGAGCCCCCCGACCAGCACAGCAUCUUCAAGGCGUGGGCACAGGAGACAGGGCGGUUCCGGGAGGGGCAGGACGAGCCAGACCCCGCCAAGUGGAAGGCAAACCUGCGCUGCGCACUCAACAAGAGCCGUGACUUCCGCCUCCUCUUCGAUGGCACCAAAGCGGUGCCGCUGCGGCCCUACAAAGUCUAUGAGCUCUGUGACCGGCCCCCCCGUGGCACCGAUGGGGGGCCUGAGGACGACUACGACUAUGCUGAGGAGGAGGAAGAUGUCAACCAGCUGCAGAUGACAGCUCUGAGCAUCAAUACCCAUCACAGGGGGGGGGACCUCCUGCCCCCUUUCAGCAGUGGCUGCUCCAUGGGACCCUUCUUGCCACCCCCCCUGGCUGCGGAGCUGGGGAGCACGCAUGGGACCCUGGUGGAGUUAGGGGGUGCUCACGGGACCCCCAAGCUGCCCCCCCUGGGGCCGCCACCUGCCUGCCCACUGGAGCCACCCCUGGAGGACCCCAUCCCCAACCUGCUCAUCAGCCCCCACAUGCUGCCACUGACAGACCUGGAGCUGCAGUUCCAGUACCGCGGGCGCCAGGUCUGCGUGCUCACCGUCAGCAACGCGCAGGGGUGCCGCCUGUUCCACGGCAGCCUGGAGCCCAGCGCCGCGCAGGAGGAGCUCUUUGGGCCGCCGGCGCUGGAGCAGGUCCGGUUCCCGGCCACCGACGCCAUCCCCAACGAGAAGCAGCGCUUCUACACGCACCAGCUCCUGGACGCGCUGGACCGCGGCCUCAUCCUGGAGCUGCAGGGCCAGGAUCUCUUUGCCACGCGCCUCUGCCAGUGCAAGGUGUUCUGGACGGGGCCCUGCGCCACGCACCGCGCCGGCCCCAACCCCAUCGAGAGGGAGAAGAAGACCAAGCUCUUCAGCCUCGAGGGGUUCCUCAACGGCCUCAUCCUCUUCCAGAAGGGCCAAACCACCACCCCCCCACCCUUUGAGAUCUUCCUGUGCUUUGGGGAGGAGUGGCCGGACCAGAAGCCCAAGGAGAAGAAGCUGAUCACGGUGCAGGUGGUGCCAGUGGCGGCGCGGCUGCUGCUGGAGAUGUUCUCGGGGGAGUUAUCCUGGUCGGCCGACAGCAUCCCGCUCCACAUCUCCCAUCCGGACCUCAAGGACAAGAUGGUGGAACAGUUCAAGGAGCUUCACAAGCUUUGGCAGAGCCAGCAGCGGCUGCCACCACCACCACCACCACCACCGGUGAUGGCACAACCAGCGUCUGGCCCCGCCGCUGGUACCUGGGUGCUGCCCCAGUGAUGUGGAGGGACACAGGGAGGUGGGAAGCACCACCAUGAAGGCCUUUGGGGUGGUGACCCUCCAUCCUGGCACCAUCCAGGGCGAUGGAGCUGGGCCACCCAUCCCGAUCCCUUGGGUGCCACCACCUCCUUGGUGCAGCGUGGAGGUGGGAUGAGGCCACGCUGGACCUGGAACCCCCUCAAGCUGGAGUUGUGGCCACCAGCUCAAGCUCCUCAAUGAGGAAGCUCCCAUGAGCUUGGAGAGAAGACCCAGGGCGGGAUUUGGGGUUUUCAGUUCUCUUUGUUCCAGGUUUUUUGUGGUUUUUAUUGUUCUCGAGAUGGCUACAACACCCCUGGAGGGCCCAGCAUGCGCCCCAGCCCCGGCCCCGCGCGCAGCUCCACCCCGCCAUGAAACCCAGAGAACCCCAAAUCAAACCAAAGAAAACCCCAAAACAAGAAAAAAAAACCCCAAAAUAGAAUAUAUAUUUCAAGAGUCUGGCCUGCCUGCGUCUUCUCCAGGAGGUCACCACCAGGCAGGACGCGGCAGCGCAGGGAGGACCGAGCCGUGGCCUUCCACUAAACCUACUUUAAACCCUGACCUUGUCUCAAAUAAUGCUCAAUUCUUGCUUUUCUUGGUCA